AUGGAGCAGGAGUUUCCCCGUCCCGCACGCCGUAUCCCCUUCCCGCCUCCCCAACUCCCCUUUCCGCCACCCAUUUUCCCCUCCCCGGGUCCCGAUUACCCCUUCCCGCCUCCCCGGUUGUCCUUCCCGCCCCGCAUUUACCCUUUCCGCCUCCCCGUUUCCCCUUCCCGUACCCCGUAUCCCCUUCCCGCCUCCCCAAAUCCCCUCUCCGCCACCCCUUUUCCCCUCCCCGUGUCCCUUCACGAACAUAUCGCCUCCCCGGUUUCCCUUCCCGCCCCGCAAUUCCCUUUCUGCCUCCCCGUUUCCCAUUCCCGCUCCCAGUUUCCUCUUCCCCCAUUCGCGUUCCCCUCCCCGCUCCCCAUUACCCCUCCCCACCUCUCCGUUUUCCCUUCCCACCUUCCUGUUAUAUAA